GUUGACAUUGUAUAGAUGUCAAAUAUUGAAAACUAUUCUGCAACGCUGAAUUCGAAAAAAAAACGAAAAUGAGUGAAAUAGUUGUUUCUUUCGAGAAGACAAAAAGCCAGACCAUCACUGAUUCGAAAGAGGACACUUCUAUAUCCAAAGAUAGGGACAAAAAAAAAUUGGAACCCAAAUUUCUCCUUUCCAAACAGCAGAAAGACGACAUAAAGGAAGCGUUCGAUUUGUUCGAUUCGGUAGGUGGCGGUCUGGUGGAAAGGGACUUCCUGAAAGUCGCCUUCAGGGCGUUAGGAAUCGAACCUAGCCGAAAAGAUAUAAGAAACCUUUCCGCUCUACCCCUUUAUUUGUCCUACGAGGAGUUCGUCGAACAGCUACAGAUCAAGAUGACUUCGGAGGAUGAGCCAAGCGAUGUGAUGAAGAUGUUUCAAAUAUUCGAUCUGAACCGGUCCGGGAGGAUAACUUAUAAAGAACUCAAGAAAGUUGCUGAUACUUUGGAAGAGGAUGUGACGGAUGAAGAACUAAUAGAAAUGCUUGAAGAGGGUGAUGUAUCUGGAGAUAGAAAAGUUGAAUUUGCCGAGUUCAAGACGUUGUUACAAAGAACAUUGAUAGUAUGAAAACUGAAAGCACACGUAGAUUUCAGUUCGAUUCGAAGGUUUUAAAAAAUAUAUUAAGAUUAUACUUAUUGUUUUACUUUAUAGUUGUCAUACAUUAUUUUUGCUAAAAUAAAACAUCGUUGAUUUUUCA